CUGCAGGGAGGACGCUUUACAUCUCUGAGAGAUAGCCAUACAGUUGGGAACUUGUCAACGAUAUGACUCGACAUCGCAAAGGGUAUUCCAUUCCUGCAUAGCACUGGGGAGGGAAAGCGGCUGCCUCUUUCAACGCGACGCGUGUGCUCGGGCACAGCUCCUGGUUUCCCCACCUCUCGAAGGCAAUUACAAUUGCACGUCAAAGCUGGUUGAGCUGCGGGCCUUAGAGGGUCGAAUACUGGAAAUGUUCGUGCUCGGGACUACUCUGAUAUCUGCGCUGGUCUCCGCGCUCACGUCGGUUUUGCCAGCGCUACUCCUGCUCGCGCUCUCCCGGCAACUCUGGACAUUCCGGUGGACCAUCACACGGGACAAGGACUGCAAGCUCCCGUUACCUGAGGGUUCCAUGGGCUGGCCGCUGGUCGGAGAAACUUUUCACUGGCUUUUUCAGGGGUCCAGUUUCCAUAUUUCUAGGAGGGAGAAGCAUGGCACCGUGUUUAAAACACAUCUACUGGGGAAACCUGUCAUUCGUGUGACCGGUGCCGAAAACAUCCGUAAAAUUCUGCUGGGAGAACACAAUCUGGUGUGCACGCAAUGGCCCCAGAGCACGCGCAUCAUCCUUGGACCCCACACUUUGGUCAAUUCCGUGGGGGACCUUCAUAAGACGAAAAGGAAGAUCUUGGCAAAAGUGUUUAGCCGCGGGGCUUUGGAAACGUAUCUGACGCGCCUCCAAGAUGUUGUCAAGUCUGAAAUUGCUAAAUGGUGUGCAGAGGCCGGUUCUGUGGAUGUUUAUGCGGCAGCGAGGUCGCUUACAUUCCGAAUAGCUGUAACAGUCCUGCUCGGUCUGAGGCUUGAAGAGGACCGCAUCACAUACCUCUCUAAGAUCUUUGAUCAACUGAUGAAUAAUCUCUUCUCCUUGCCCAUUGAUGCGCCAUGCAGCGGACUGCGUAAAGGUAUCAAAGCUAGAGAAAUACUCCAUUCGGCCAUCGAGAAGAUUAUUGAGGAGAAGCUUCAGAAGCAGCAUUCGGAAGAAUACUGCGACGCCUUUGACUACAUGUUAAGCGGCGCCAAGGAAAAUGAUUAUGAGAUGACCCUGCAGGAACUUAAGGAGACUGCAGUGGAGUUGAUCUUCGCAGCGCACUCCACAACAGCCAGCGCAUCUACGUCCCUCAUUCUUCAACUGCUGAAACACCCGGAUGUGGUGGAGAAAGCGAGGAAAGAGCUAGUGAUUGAGGGCCUAGAAGGGGAGAGGCAUUCCAACAACGUCGCCCCCGACCACAUAGAGCCCAGCUGGAAGAGUAUGUCAGCUGUGCCUCUGAACGAUGCAUCAACAGACCAAGGACAGAGGUGUCCAGACGCUGAACGUUUACUUAAUACGACCAAUGGCGUGCGUAUUGGAUACACCAUUGACAAUCAGGCAUGUCGUGUUCAAGUCCCUUACUUGAGUUUGGAGAAGCUGACGCAGUUGCGUUAUGUUGACUGCGUUGUGAAGGAAGUGCUCAGGUUUCUUCCACCCGUUUCUGGAGGAUACAGAACGGUGCUUCAGACGUUUGAACUCAACGGGUAUCAGAUUCCAAAGGGCUGGAGUGUAAUGUAUAGCAUCAGAGACACGCAUGAGACGGCAGCGGUCUACCAAAGUCCCGAGCUUUUUGACCCAGACCGUUUCAACGCAGACCGUGACGAGAGCAAAAGCGGGCGCUUCAAUUACGUCCCUUUCGGUGGGGGCGUGCGGAGAUGUAUUGGACGGGAGCUGGCUAUAAUCAUUUUGAAAACUCUGACUAUUGAAUUAUUGGGAACGGCGGAAUGGCGACUGGUCACAGAUACAUAUCCCAGAAUGCAAACAGUGCCAAUUGUUCAUCCGGUCAACGGUUUACAUGUUAAUUUCAGUUUCAGGAAUUUCGGUGGAUGUAACGGCCAUAACCAGACAAGUUACAUUUAAGAACACAAAAUAAUCCUCCAUCUUGAAAUUGAAGAACCGUUCGAUUUAAAUUAUUACAAUAUAUGAAUAUACAUUGUACAAAAGCUGUAUCACUUGAAGUUAUGGACAAUGCAUAAACGGGAGUGUUUCAUACUACAACAUAACUAGGUCACCCUUCAGUCAACACAGCAGCUGAGUGAUCUUGACUAUAACCAAGGACAACGAGAGAGUAACUUUGGCUCAUGGUAGCCUAUAUGAUCUGGCUUAUCAACGCGUAUGUCCAAACAAGAUUCGUAAUUGUUGUACUGUGAUCUUUAAAGUCGUAGUUAUGCCUCUAUAAAUGUGACCAGACUACAGCAGCACACAAGGAACAUGGAGUCGAGACAGCUGAACGAACAUUGCACGUCCUCUCUGAACAGUGGAGUUACCAGGUCCAUGCACUCAUGCAACCUAUAUUCAUAUGGUCACGUUGACUUCAUUGUAAAAUACAUGCCUCAUAAAUGUGUUACAUCCUGUAAGAAAAAUGUAUAGUAUAUGUUUUAAAUGAAGUAGGUCAAAAAUAAGCUCUAUUUAUAUAGAUUAUUGUAGAAUAUAGCCUAUAACAUAUAGCAGUCUGUGUGUCACCACAUCGUAGUGCUUUGACUAUGCUGCAUAAGGUUGGUUUGUUACUUUCUAAAUACGAAUCCAACCCAUUGUGUGAUUCCAUUAAUAUUUCCUGCUGAAUUCAUGUAAUGAGGAAUGUAAAAUGUGAAGAAUGGUUCAUGUGCUGUGAAUCAAGAAUUUGGGUUGGUAAAAGGGAAGGAGAAUCAAACCGUAUAGCACUUUUGCUCCACAUACUCUUAGAAAAAAUAUAUAGGUUCAUAUUUUCUCAGAGAACCAGUUUAUGUGUGCUUGUUUGCGUAGAGCAAUUUUGUCUCGAAAGAAUUAUAACAGGUUCUCUAACCGAGAAAAGUGCGCAAGACCUUUUUUUCCAAGUGUUGUGAGUAAGCCUAUGUAAAUAUUUGUGUUUCUUUAAAUGAUUCGUUGUCGUGUGCUGUUUUAGACUGUUGGUUGUAUUUUUAUUAUUAUUAUUAUUAUUAUUAUUUUGGGGUCAGGUUGUGCAUCUUAAAAAUCGUACCAUAUUAAUGUGCAAUGUUCUAUUGUAACCUAUAGGCUAGAUUUCAUAUGUGUA